CAGAUAUACAGAAACAUCCAUCAAUGGAGGAUUCUGACCACAUACAGGAACUCCCAGAAGACAGCCGUCGGCCCACAAGUCAACCCAACAAGCUUUCCUUCAAAAAGUUGAAACGGUUUGACUCCAUGGACCUCGAAUCCUCGAAGAUUCCUGGACGUCAUCGUCACCGUUCCUCCAAGGAUUUGAGCUGGUCGAUCAUCUUGCACUUAGCAUUCCAGAGUUUGGGGGUGGUGUAUGGUGAUCUCGUCACGUCACCCCUAUACGUUCUUCCGAGCAUCUUCGCGGACGGUGUCAAGCAGCACGACGAUAUUAUUGGAGUGCUAUCAUUGAUUUGGUACACGUUGACAUUGAUUCCGAUCGUCAAGUAUAUGUGCAUCGUAUUGUACGCUAAUGACAACGGUGAUGGUGGAACGUUUGCUCUGUACUCGUUGAUUUGCCGUUAUGUGAAGGUGGGUUUGGUCCCGAGUCAGCAACCGGAGGACGCUGAUGUCUCCAACUACCGACUGGAGUUGCCAAAGAAUAGGAGCCAUAAAUUGGCGUCGGCACUCAAGUACAAGCUAGAGAAGAGCAACUUUGCUAAGUAUUCCCUACUCUUUGCUACAUUGCUUGGUACUUCUAUGCUCAUCGGUGAUGGCGUUCUCACUCCUUGUAUUUCAGUUUUAUCAGCAGUUGGGGGCAUCAAGAAAGCUACACCCAAAUUGACAGAUGAUAUGAUUGUUUGGAUAUCAGCAGCCAUCUUGGUUUUCCUUUUCAUGGUUCAGAAAUAUGGAACAGACAAAGUUGGGUACAGCUUUGCUCCGAUUAUGGUUGUCUGGUGCACGCUCAUCAGUGGCGUUGGCAUCUUCAACUUCAUAACAUAUGACCCAACUGUUGCCAAAGCUAUAAACCCUAUGUACAUUGUAAAUUAUUUUAGGAGGAAUCCAAAAGAAGCAUGGAUUUCCCUCGGCGACGUUGUCCUGUGCAUAACAGGAAUUGAAGCUUUGUUUGCUGAUGUUGGCCAUUUCUCUGUAAAGUCCAUACAAAUAUGCACGUACUUCUUUAUCUACCCAUCUGUGAUGUUGGCAUACACAGGGGAAUGCUCCUACCUUCGUAAGCACCCAGAAGGUGGUCCUGAUGCCUUCUAUAAAUCCAUACCUGAUCCUUUGUACUGGCCAACGUUUGUGGUGGCUGUGUUUGCUUCAAUCAUUGGAAGUCAGUCUCUGAUUUCAGGGACAUUCUCUAUAAUCCAACAGUCUCUCUCACUUGGGUGUUUCCCCAAUGUCAAAGUGGUGCGUACCUCAUCUAAGUACGAAGGCCAAGUCUACAUUCCCGAAGUCAAUUACCUUCUCAUGCUGGCUUGUCUUGGAGUCACCUUCUCUUUCAGGACUAGCAAUAGUAUUGGCAAUGCCUAUGGGCUAGCUGUGGUGUUUGUAUUGGUACUCACGUCAUGUUUCAUGGUGCUAGUGAUGCUAAUAGUGUGGAAAACCAACAUAUUUUUUGUAAUCCCUUAUGUUCUUGUCAUUGGAUCCUUGGAGCUACUCUUCUUAAGCUCGGUCCUUUACAAAUUCCCACAAGGAGGGUACUUACCUUUGGCCUUCUCAUCAGUACUGAUUAUUAUAAUGUUCAUUUGGAAUGCUGUAUACCGGAGAAAGUACUAUUACGACCUGGAGCAGAAGGUUCCCUCUACGAAGCUGGAAGAGAUGGUUGCCAAUACACUCAGAGUUCCAGGACUUGCCUUGUUUUACUCCGAAGUUGUUCAGGGUAUUCCUCCUAUAUUCAAGCAGUAUGUUGAGAACGUACCUGCAUUGCACACAGUUGUUGUUAUUGUCUCUAUCAAGUCACUGCCAAUCAGCAAGGUUCCAGUGGAAGAGCGUUUCCUUUUCAGGAGGGUAGAACCAAGGAAGCUCAACAUGUUCCGUUGUGUGGUUAGAUAUGGAUACAUGGAUUUACGCAAGGAAACAGAACCUUUAGAGAUGAUGUUAAUCGAGAAUCUCAGAGAGUUCAUAAGGGAAGAUAUUCUGUUGUCUCAAAAACCUGUUAAGAACGUGAACAUUGUGGAAGAUGAUGUGAACCAGAUUGUUAACGAAGGGGAUCAGCAAGAGGAGUUGGAAAGCGAGAUACAAGUAUUGAACCAGGCAUCAGAAGCUGGUGUUUCUCACUUGAUUAGCGAGAAUGAAGUGAUUGCAAGCAAAGGAUCGAAUAUAGGGAAGAGGAUAUUGAUAGAUUAUGCUUACAACUUCCUGGAGAAGAACUCGCGCAAAAGUCACAAAGCCUUCCAUAUUCCUCAGCAGCGCAUGCUCAAAGUCGGUAUGACUUAUGAGCUUUAGGUCAUGUUUGGUCCGAGGAAUGAAAAGUUGUUGAAAAUUUGCAGUCUUUUCAGGACUUCGGUUUUGUGAAGAAACAAUACCCAUAAAAGUUAAUUUAUGCU